GGGGUGGGAUCGGGAUCGUUCCCGCUCCCGGCUCCAGCCCGGCCAUGCUGCGGGUGCUGCUCCAGCGGGCCUCCCACCUCCCGAGCCUGGAAAAGCGGGAGAGGCAGAGCGAUCCCGUGGCCAGCCUGACCUUCCGAGGAGUGAAGAAGAGGACAAAGGUCAUCAAGAACAACGUCAAUCCCGUCUGGAAUGAGGGAUUCGAGUGGGAUCUCAAGGGGGUUCCCCUGGAUGCUGGAGCCGAGCUCACCGUGGUGGUCAAGGACCACGAGACCGUGGGCAGGAACAGGUUCCUGGGGGAGUGCCGGGUGCCCCUCCGGGAUGUCCUGGGCACCCCCAGCCUGGCGGCCUCGUUCAACCUCCCGCUGCUGGACACGCGCAGGGAGGGCACCGGGGCGUUCCUGCUGCUCCAGGUGUCCUACCUGCCCCCCCCGGGGGCCAUCCCGCUCUUCCCACCCACGGCCCCUCCGGAGCCGGCCCCGGCUGCGGCCGAGCUGGACACGGGCACUGAGGCGGCCGAGGAGGAGGAGCCGGAGGAUCCCGGGGUGACGGGGGACGAGGCGGAGCCGUCGUCGUCCUCGGGCCCCCCCGGCUCGGAGCCCCCCCCGCCCCACAGACCCCAAACCCAGCCCAGCCUGCGGGGCAGGAGGGGCAGGAGCAGUCCCAAAAAACCCCUGGCCAACAAACCCCAGGACUUCCAGAUCCGGGUGCGGGUGAUCGAGGCCCGGCAGCUCCCCGGGAUCAACAUCCGGCCCGUGGUGAAGGUGACGGCGGCCGGACACACCAAGAGGACCCGGAUCCGCAAGGGGAACAGCCCCUCCUUCGACGAGACCUUCUUCUUCAACGUCUUCGAGUCGCCCUCGGAGCUGUUCGACACGCCCGUCUUCAUCACCGUGGUGGAUUCCCGAUCUUUCCGCCCGGACUCGGUGAUCGGGGAGUUCCGGAUGGACGUGGAGACCGUUUACUCCGAGCCAAAACACGCUUUCCUCAGGAAGUGGCUCCUGCUCUCCGACCCAGAGGAUCUUUCCGCGGGGGCCAAGGGCUACCUGAAGGUCAGCGUCCUCGUGCUGGGGCCUGGGGACGAAGCUCCCCUGGAGAAGAAGGAGGUGUCCGAGGACAAGGAGGACAUCGAGGCCAACCUGCUGCGCCCCACCGGGGUCACCCUGCGGGGGGCCCAGUUCUGCCUCAGGAUCUUCAAAGCCGAGGAUUUGCCCCAGAUGGACGACGCCGUCGUGGACAACGUCCGGCAGAUCUUCGGCUUCGAGAGCAACAAGAAGAACCUGGUGGAUCCCUUCGUGGAGGUCACCUUUGCCGGCAGGACGCUCUACUCCAGGAUCCUGGAGAAAAACGCCAACCCCCAGUGGAACCAGUGCCUGACCCUGCCGGCCAUGUUCCCUUCCAUGUGUGAGCGGAUGCGGAUCCGUGUGACCGACUGGGACCGCCUGACCCACAACGACGUCGUGGGCACAACCUUCCUGGCCAUGUCCAAGAUCUCGGCCCCCGGCGGGGAGCUGGAGGAUGAGUUUCCUGCUCCCCCGAAGCCCCCAAAGGCCUCAGACCUGGAUGACGGGCUCGGAUUCCUGCCAACCUUCGGCCCCUGCUACAUCAACCUCUACGGGAGCCCCCGGGAAUUCACGGGAUUCCCCGACCCCUACGAGACCCUCAACCUGGGAAAGGGAGAGGGCGUUGCCUACCGUGGCAGGGUGCUGGUGGAGCUGGAGACCAAGCUGGUGGAGCACCUGGAGCAGAAGGUGGAGGAUAUUCCGGCGGAUGACGUCCUGAGGGUGGAGAAGUUCCUGCGCCGCCGGAAAUAUUCCCUGUUCGCCGCCUUCUACUCGGCCACGAUGCUGCCGGGCGUGGAGGCCGCGGCGCAGUUCGAGGUCAGCAUCGGCAACUACGGCAACAAGUUCGACACCACCUGCCUGCCCCUGGCCUCCACCACCCAGUACAGCAGGGCCGUCUUCGACGGCUGUCACUACUAUUACCUGCCCUGGGGCAACGUGAAGCCCGUGGUGGUCCUGUCGUCCUACUGGGAGGACAUCAGUGCCCGCACCGACGCCCAGAACCUGCUGCUCCACGUGGCACACAGGCUGGAAGCCAACCUGGCUCGUGUCCAGCUGGCCCUGCAGUCCCAGGUACCCCCGGCCGAGCUGGAGGCGCUGGGGGACCAACUGCUGGACGGGGUCAUCGCCGACUGCAGCCUGCAGCUGCCCCCGGUGCUGGGCAGACCCUGCAGCACGGCGCUGGACCAGCGGCUGUUCCGGCAGCGCAGCUCCCACCUGGAGCAGAUGGUGCAGGCGGCCCUGCGGCUCAAACACCGCGACAAAAGCCUGGGCACCAUCCUGGAGCAGGGGGAGGACUGGCUGGGCCGCCUCAGGGCCAUGGCACACGAGCCCCAGAACAGCCUCCCGGACAUCGUGAUCUGGCUGCUGCAGGGGGACAGACGCGUCGCCUACGCCCGCGUCCCCGCGCACCGCGUGCUCUUCUCCCGCAACAUCCCCGGCUGCUGCGGCGCCGACUGCGGCAGGCUCCAGACCAUCUUCCUCAAGUACCCGCAGGAGGAGGCUGCGGGGCCGCGGAUCCCGGCGCAGAUCCGGGUGCGGCUCUGGUUCGGCCUGGCCGUGGACGAGAAGGAGUUCAACCAGUUCGCCGAGGGAAAGCUCUCCGUGUUCGCCGAGACCUACGAGAACCAGACGAAGCUGGCGCUGGUGGGGAACUGGGGCACCACGGGCCUCACCUACCCCAAGUACUCGGACGUGACGGGCCGGAUCCGGCUGCCCAAGGACAGCUUCCGACCCUCCGCCGGCUGGGCCUGGGCCGGGGACUGGUUCGUCUGCCCCGAGAGGACGUUGCUCCAUGACGUGGAUGCAGGACACCUGAGCUUCGUGGAGGAGGUGUUUGAGAACCAGGUCCGGCUCCCCGGGGGGCAGUGGAUCCACAUGACCGACGCCUACACCGACGUGAACGGGGAGAAGGUCCUGCCCAAGGAGGAGAUCGAGUGUCCUCCGGGCUGGAAAUGGGAAGACCUGGAGUGGGACACGGAUCUCAACAGAGCUGUGGAUGAGAAAGGCUGGGAAUACGGGCUGACCAUCCCCCCGGAGCGCCGGCCCAAGGCCUGGGUGCCGGCGGAGAAGAUGUACCACACCAACCGGCGCCGGCGCUGGGUGCGGCUCCGCCGGCGCGACCUGGAGCACAUGGACACCUCCCGGAAGCCCAAGGCGGAGGAGCUGGACGGGGAAGGCUGGGAAUACGCGUCUCUGUUCGGCUGGCGCUUCCACCUGAAGCAGCGCCGCACCGACUCGUUCCGCCGGCGCCGCUGGAGGCGCAGGAUGGAGCCCCUGGAGCGAACCGGGGCCGCCGCCGUCUUCGCCCUGGAGGGGGCUCUGGGGGGGGUGACGGACGACAGGAGCGACGACGGGAGAGGAGCGGCCCCGCUGAGCCUGGGGGUCAACAGACCCACCAUCUCCUGCAUCUUCGACUGUGGGAACAGGUACCACCUGCGCUGUUACCUGUACCAGGCGCGGGAUCUGCUGCCCAUGGACAAGGACAGCUUCUCAGAUCCCUACGCCAUCGUGUCCUUCCUGCACCAGAGCCAGAAGUCCGUGGUGUUGAAGAACACCCUGAACCCCACGUGGGACCAGACCCUGAUCUUCUACGAGAUCGAGAUCUUCGGGACCCCCCCGGGCGAGGGCCAGGACCCCCCCAGCGUGGUGGUGGAGAUCUACGACCACGACACCUACGGAGCAGACGAGUUCAUGGGCCGCUGCAUCUGCCGGCCCAGCCUGGAGCGCUCGCCCCGCCUGGCCUGGCACCCCGUCACCAGGGGCAGCAGGAACGUGGGGGAGCUCCUGGCGGCCUUCGAGCUCAUCCAGAGGGAGAAGCCGGCUGUGCAUCACAUCCCCGGCUUCGAGAGUGAUUUGUCCUCCAGCCUGGACGAGCCGGAGGAUUCCGACCUUCCCUACCCGCCCCCGCAGCGGGAGCCCAACGUUUACAUGGUGCCCCAGGGCAUCAGACCCGUCCUGCAGCGCACGGCCAUCGAGAUCCUGGCCUGGGGGCUGAGGAACCUCAAGAGCUUCCAGCUGGCCAGCGUGACCUCGCCCAGCCUGCUGGUGGAGUGCGGGGGGCAGCUGGUGCAGUCCUGCGUCAUCAAGAACGUCAAGAAGAACCCCAACUUCGACGACUCCGUGCUCUACAUGGAAGUGGUGAGGGCCCCCGGGGGGGUGGGAUCACACAGGGCUGCUUGGGAAGGACCUGGGGGGCCCAGGAAAAUGCACCUUGUGGUGAAGGACCUCAGGGUCCCAUAAAAACACAUCUUGUGGUGAAGGAUUUGGGGGUCCCAUAAGAAUUAAUCUUGUGGUGAAGGACCUCAAAAUCCCAUAAAAAUGCACCUUGUGGUGAAGGACGUGGAGGUCCCAUAAAAAUUAAUCUUGUGGUGAAAGACCUCAAAGUCCCAUAAAAAUGCACCUUAUGGUGAAGGACCUCAAAGUUCCAUAGAAAUGAAUCUUGUGGAGAAGAACCUCAGA